UACGAAAAAAAGCUAAUAAAUCAAAUAUGUUACGUGAAGAGUCGACACUCGUUUCAUGGAACGACGACGUUAUGUCAUCCGUUUACAAAUAAUUGUUUUCUUUCUUCAACAGAUUUUUCAAUAGAUCUAUUUUAAUACUGGAUCAAAUAGAAAGAGAAUAAAAUUUGGGGAAAAAAAAUUAUAAAAAAAUAGUUAAGACAUGGCUGUGGUGGACCAAGAUGUGCAAAAUAAAUCUGAAUCUAUAAUGGACAGUCCGGAGUCAAUAAUAGAAACAAAGUUUGAAUACGAUCAAACAAUGUCCACUACAAAAGCAGUAUUCAUACUGGUGGCUAUAUUUAUAUCGUCAUUAUUGAUUUUAGGUUAUUUGUAUUAUAGUUUCCCACACAUGACAGAGGAGGAAAAACAAUAUAUUAAGCUCCCAUUUAAUAUCAAAGAUGCCCAAAAUUUAGGUAAAGUUUUGGAACAUUACAAGGAUACUUAUUAUACUCAAGUGUUCAUGUCAAUUUUUUUCUGCUAUAUAUUUUUGCAAACAUUUGCAAUACCUGGUUCAAUUUCAUUAUCAAUAUUAUGUGGAUUUCUGUACCCAUUUUUAUUAGCAUUAACAAUCAUAUGCUUAUGUUCAGCGAUGGGUGCUUCAUUUUGUUACCUAUUAUCCAUGACAAUCGGAAGACGAUUAGCUUACAGAUAUUUUCCUGAUAGAAUCAAGUCAUAUGCAAAACUAGUGAAAAAACACAAUGACAACAUGUUCAGUUACAUUAUGUUUCUGCGAAUAACUCCAUUUUUGCCUAAUUGGUUUAUAAAUGUGUGUGCACCUUUAGUUGACGUUCCAAUUAUACCAUUUUGGUUGGGAACAUUUUUUGGAGUUGCAGUGCCAUCUGUAUUAGCUGUACAAGCUGGACAAACUCUACAUGAACUUACUUCAACCACAAGCUCAUGGUCUUGGUCUUCCGUACUACUCUUGGCAACAUUUGCUAGCCUGUCAUUACUACCUGUACUAUUCAAAGCAAAACUGAGAGACAAAUUUGACUGAAAAUAUGUGAUUCACUACCAUAGUGAAGGACAUUCCAUUAAUUUAGUCUAGAUUUUCAUCUCUCAUAUGCCUUUGCUCUAAGUCCCAGCAUGUCAUGAAUUGUUAUGUUAAUUAUAUAAGUAUGAAUAAAUUAUUUCUAUAAAAA